UAGACUGGUUGGGGCUGACGUUGCUGAGGCAUCUGCCAAAGGCCCAGGCUGGAGGACCAGCUUCUCGGCCACAGCCUCUGCGCUCUGAGGUGGCACGAGUAGGUCAUUCGUGGAGGACAGAAGUGGAGGCGUGGGCCAAGAGUCUGGCCAUUUGACUUGAUCCUGGUACGGAUCAUGUCCCUGUUUUCAUCACUUCCUGUCCUCCUGUGUGUGAUGACAGUAUCCUUCUCAAAUACAAAAGCCAUUGAGGAUGCUCAGAAGACCUGUCCAGUGGUGGCCUGUGCCAUCCCAGUCACUAACGGCACCCCAGGAAGAGACGGGCGAGAUGGACCCAAGGGAGAAAAGGGAGAACCAGGGCAAGGGCUCAGAGGCUCCCAGGGCCCUCCAGGGAAAAUGGGGCCUCCAGGAAAUAUAGGGAAUCCUGGGCUUCCAGGACCCAGGGGCUACAAAGGAGAUCGUGGCGCUAGCUCGGUUGCUGAGGCUAAGCUGGCUAGCUUGGAGGGACAGAUAAGGAACCUGCGAUCAGAACUGGAUCAUGUCAAAAAGUUGCAAACCUUCUCCUUGGGCAAAAAGUCUGGGAAGAAGCUGUACGUGACCAAUGGUGAAAAGAUGCCUUUUUCCAGCGUGAAGGCUCUGUGCACUGCACUUGGGGCCACCGUGGCCACACCCAAGAAUGCAGAGGAGAACAAAGCCAUCCAGGACAUGGCCCCCGACACCGCCUUCCUGGGCAUCACAGAUGAGGUGACCGAAGGGCAGUUUAUGUAUGUAACUGGAGGAAGGCUAGGCUACAGCAACUGGAAGAAGAAUGAGCCCAAUAACCAUGGCUCAGGGGAGGACUGUGUGCUCCUCUUACCAGACGGGCUCUGGAACGACAUCUCCUGUUCUUCCUCCUUCUUGGCCAUCUGUGAAUUUCCAGCCUGAAGAGGCAAGUUCCUCUGCUCCGCCAGUGACUCCCUGCUGAGCUCUCUGCUGCUCUGGAAGAGAAUUCUGUGUUUAUUUUCCCACA